AUGAACAUCAUGGACUCGGAAAACCGGGUCGUCCUGAACGUGGGCGGCAUCCGGCACGAGACGUACAAGGCGACACUCAAGAAGAUUCCGGCCACUCGGUUGUCCCGGCUCACCGAGGCGCUGGCUAACUACGAUCCGAUCCUGAACGAGUACUUCUUCGAUCGGCACCCGGGCGUGUUCGCACAGGUGCUCAAUUACUACCGAACCGGCAAACUGCACUACCCAACCGACGUCUGCGGGCCACUGUUCGAGGAGGAGCUAGAGUUUUGGGGCCUCGAUUCCAACCAAGUCGAACCGUGCUGCUGGAUGACCUACACGCAGCAUCGCGACACACAAGAGACGCUCGCCGUGCUGGAGCGGCUCGAUCUCGACACGGAAAAACCGACGGAGGAAGAGCUAGCUAGGAAAUUCGGUUACGAGGACGAUUAUCUUAAGGGAACGGUUUCCUGGUGGCAGCACACGAAACCGCAAAUUUGGUCGCUGUUCGACGAACCGUACAGCUCCAACGCUGCCAAGAUUAUCGGUGUGAUAUCGGUGUUCUUCAUUUGCGUUUCCAUCCUGUCGUUCUGCCUGAAGACCCACCCGGACAUGCGAGUGCCGGUCAUCCGGAACAUCACGGUCAAGACGGCCAACGGCAGUACGGCUUGGGUGCUGGACAAAACGCAAACGAACGCCCACGUGGCGUUCUUCUACAUCGAGUGUGUUUGCAACGCGUGGUUUACGUUCGAAAUUUUGAUACGCUUUAUCUCCUCGCCCAACAAGUGCGAGUUCGUCACAUCAUCUGUAAAUAUCAUCGAUUACAUCGCCACGCUGAGCUUCUACGUGGACCUCGUGCUGCAGCGGUUCGCAUCGCAUCUCGAGAACGCCGACAUCCUCGAGUUCUUCUCCAUCAUCCGCAUCAUGCGGUUGUUCAAGCUGACGCGCCACUCGUCCGGGCUCAAGAUCCUGAUACAGACGUUUCGCGCCUCAGCCAAAGAGCUAACGCUGCUGGUGUUCUUUCUCGUGCUUGGCAUCGUCAUCUUCGCCAGUCUCGUUUACUACGCCGAGCGAAUCCAGGCGAACCCACACAAUGACUUCAACAGCAUCCCUUUAGGGUUGUGGUGGGCUCUGGUUACGAUGACCACCGUCGGGUACGGUGACAUGGCGCCCAAAACCUACAUCGGCAUGUUCGUUGGUGCACUUUGUGCACUUGCAGGAGUACUGACGAUCGCUCUGCCAGUGCCCGUCAUCGUGAGCAACUUUGCGAUGUAUUACUCGCACACGCAGGCUCGAGCUAAGCUGCCCAAAAAGCGACGGCGUGUCCUGCCCGUGGAACAGCUUCGACAACCCCGCACGGCAGGUCCUGGCGGUGGCAUGGGCAUGCCCGGGUCUGGUCCGAUGGCACGCCGUAUGAACCAGGUGAAGACGAAGGACCUUGGCCCCAAAAUCGGUCCGAUCGGUGCGAGCAUCGUCGCGAUGUGUCCGAAAAACGUUGGCCUUCACACCAAUCCAGCUCUGGCCAUGUGCAAGCCAACAUUCGAAGUUCGCCCGCCAACGGUUGCUCCAACUCCGAUGCUGCUAGUUCCGCGUGACUCCAGCUUUAAGCCAACGAUUUCCACGGGAGCAGCAGCAAACAAUGGUUCCAGCUCGGCCAACCUCAACAACAAUAACAACAGUGUUACGGCGACGAACAACAACAAACCGCCGGGCAGCAACACCAACAACACCAGUAGUGUUAAGAUCAUCGCCAACAGCAACAGUCAGGGCAACAUCGUUAAGAGUACGAGCGGGCAGCUGACGAACGCGAUCGCUGUGGUCAAAAGCAACGGAACCACCGCUAAGGAGGCACCGGAAGAGAAACGAUUCCUUUGA